AUGAAGCAGAGCAUGCAGGGCCCGCGGAAAAAGCAGUCCCGGCUCCGGGGCGCCGCGGGCUGCGGGGUCGCCUUCGCCGGAGUCCGGCGGGGCAGUCUGAGGAGAGGGCGCCGGCGGCGACACCAGCUGCAAGAAGGUGGCCCAUAUAGAAGGCCCCCGAGGAGGGCGAGCGGGACGGGGCGGGAAGGAGGCCCGAGGGGCGGGCUCCGGCGGCGGUGGGGCAGGCCGCUGGCUUGGCCGGGCCUCUUGCCCGCCGCGGGGUCGCCCGCGCUGCGCACCCGGCACACGCGACGGCGGCGGGGGCGGGGAAGGAGGGAGGGAGGGCGUCAGCUGCGGGCCGCCGGGGUUGCCCGACGCGGGCUACAUGCUUGGCCCCGGGGAGCCAGGAGAACGAUGGGCGCGAGCUGUGGGGACGCGAGGGAGGGAGCGGGUCUGCCGACUGGGCCGGCCGGUUCAGUCAGUCAGGCAGCGCAGCGCCACGGCGGGGGCGACGCCGGCCCGCCUCGGACCAUUUUAACAGCGGCUCGGCCGGCGGAGCGCGCGCCCGCGACACGACUCGCUGCCGCAGGAGCGCGCGCCUCCUCCGCCACCCCAGCUCCGGGAGGGGGCGGAGCCGGCCGCGGGGGCGCGCGGGGGCUCACCCGGGGCGGGCGUAGCGGGGGGGGGGGGGGGGGGGCGGGCCCACGCGGCCGCGCGCGCGGUGACGGGGACGCGCGCCGCUCCGCGCGCCUAGGGUGCUGGGGUGCACGCCCCUCUCCAGAGGCGGGCGGAGACGCUUCCGAGCCAGCGGUGCGACAUCCGUUUCCCCAGCCGCACUGACGUCCCGAGGUGUAAGUUCAAGAGCUUUCAUUGGUCGGGCACGGCUUGGCUCUUCCCCCUCACUUCCCACCCCACCUUCAGCCCUGACUUGGAAACUGAGGCCAUUUGGGAACCCGAGUGGCAGUGCUCCCGGAAAGGCGAUGGAGAGCCCUGAGAGAGUGACACAUGCUCCGCCCUUGGGUGAUGGGCAGGACCCGUUAGCUGGAUAGUUGUGCGACACCACUGGUUCCACUCAUUUGUCUAGGUACCUGUUGCACACGGCUGCCAUUGCACUCCCGUGCCAAGAUGAAGGCACGGAUCAGGUGACCUAUACCGGCUGGAGGGUAGUUUCUCGAACACAAGGAGUAAUCCAGCAUUGCAGACUUCGAGCACAAUGUUACUUGUUGACACAUUGGAAAUCCAGUCUGGCUAGUAUAGAGAGAUAACAUAUGUCAGAAGACACAUUCAUGGAAGCUCUUCUGCUUUCUGGCAGCCUCUAGCCCUCAGAAGCACCUCCCAAGCCGGAGUCUGUACUCUUCCCAAUGCUCUCUUAGUAAGAGUCGCUGCAGCAUCCCAUGGUGUUCUGGUGGCCUAUUUGCAACAAGACAUUUAACCCAACUGUAUUUGACCAAGUAUGUCUUUAGCUGGGGGUAAUAGCAUUUAUGUCACCAGUGUAAAAUCACGCCCUCUACUGUGCUUACCCUAAUAUCUCAUUCUCUCUCUCUCUCUCUCUCUCUCUCUCUCUCUCUC